AUGAUAGCAUCACGCUACAGGAUGCCAUCUGCUAAAAGACCGAUCCCUCACAGUGAGAAAGUCCCUGUACCAGAACCACCAAAAAGUUCCGAUCUGACCACUACGCCAGUAACAGUGGAAAACGACACAUUAGAUCCUGACUUUCAAGAAGUUUCUUCAUGUAAAGAGGUACAUCUACUAUCUCAAGAUCUCAAUGAUUUGAUUCGCGAUGCGUCGCCGCCGGACGUCAGCCCCCGCCACCAGGCUUCAUAUUUAUACGGUAAAGCGGGUGCUGCGAAGAGUUCAAACGUGCGUCGGGCGCGCGGAACAUUAGACGAUCGAGGGAAUCGCAACGCGUGGGUAGACAAGGCGAGUGCAGUGUGCAGUGCGUGGUCUUGUGUAGCUGAAAGCUCGACCGCCGCGAAGCCUCCGACGGCCGCCCGAGCAAGCGUCGAGCGGCGGGAUCGCGAGCCCGCCUCGCGUCAGUGCCGGCCCGGCCGCGCCGUAAGCACCACGCUCCGGUGA